AAGAAAGGUUAUACAACAAAAGAUUCUAUAUAAAGCAUAAGAUUAGUGCAGGUACCUUUUGAUAAGGAUUAUAUAUUGAAAGGUUCAUUUGGAGUUGUUUUUUUAUGUUAAGAUCUGUAAACUAAAGAAUAUGUGGCCAUGAAAGUAGAAAAGGAGGAUAUUAAUUCAAUGAGUUUGGAGAGAGAAAUAUAAAUGUUAGAUGAAUUAAAAAAGCUUUCAGGUUAGAUAUUUGUUAAAUUAGGGAUUCCUAAAAUUAUUUGGGCAGGCAAUGAGCAUAAUCAUAAUUGCUUGGUGAUGUAAUUAUUAGGCAGAGAUCUAUCCUAUCAUUUAAAAGCUUUAAAAAGGUUUUCAUUAAAAUGCGUUGUCAAUAUUUCUCUAUAAAUUAUAUAAAUAAUUGAAGGAGUGCAUAGAAAGUACUUUUAAAUUCAUAUAAAUUGACAGAGGAAUAAUUCAUAGAGAUAUGAAGCCAGAAAAUGUUAUGACAGGAAAAGAUUAAGAAUCAAAUUCCAUUUUUUUAGCAGAUUUUGGAAUUGCUAAAUUUUAUAGAGAUCCUGAUGGAACGCAUGUGUAAAUUAUCAUAUUUUAUAUUGAUUAACAUUAGGCCAUUCAAAGACAAUAAAUCAUUUGUUGGUACAACUCGAUAUGCAAGUAUAGGAGCACAUAAGGGUUAUGAAUUAAGCAGAAAAGAUGAUUUAGAAUCAAUUGGAUAUAUGAUAAUAUACAUGUACAAAGGGACUCUACCUUGGUAAACUUAUCAUAAUGUAGCUGAGAAGGAAAAAACUAAAAUAGUUGGAUAGAUUAAACAAUAAACUUAAAUUGAGGAACUUUGUAUUGAUUGUCCUUAAGAAUUUUAUUUGUAAAUGUAUUUAUAAAUUAGAUAUUUUCAAUAUGUUAAAUAAUUGCAAUAUAAAUCAACUCCUGACUAUAGAUAUUUACAUUCUUUAUUUGAAUAAAUUUCAAUAACAAAUGGAUUUAAAAAUGAUAAAAGACUUGAUUGGACAGAAUAUUCUUAAGGAACUACUAAAAUUUCAGGAGAAUAGACUUAAUAAGAAACAAGACAACCAGCUAGAUCAUCAAGACAGGAUGAUAAAUUUAAAAAUGUCGACUACAUACAAUCAUAAAGGUAUUGAUUAUGAUUUUAUAAAUAAUUAGAUCUGAUAUUAAUAAUCUAUAAAAAGCGAUCAGCAACAAUCGAAAUAGAAGUCGCCAUUAAUCAGAAUAAUGUGUCAAUAAAAGCAAUAGCGGAAAUAGUUUUUCAUCUUCAUAUCUUAAUAGUUAAUAAUCUUCGAUUCUUUUAAACUAUUAAAACUCUUAAUUUUCUCAAAAUAAUAUUCGAAUAGGAUCUUCAAAAUUAUUAAGCAAAUUAUAAGAUAGAGGAAUUAUUAGUUUGCAUUAAGAUUCUAAAGGCUCCUUGAUUUAGUAAUAAUCUUCAAAAUCAUUUCAUGAAAGACACAUGUCUUCUCAUCUAUAAUAACAAUUAAUCACUUAAUAACAGCAAUCAUUUCAUAACAAUAGUUAGAUUAUGUAAUUAUAGUAAGAAGACUUUUAAGAUUUGGAGGAACUUGAAGAAAGAUUAUAAAAAGAUAAAAAAUCUAAGUAAAAAUUUCACAUAUCAAGAGCUAGCGAAAUUAAAUUAAUAAAAAAAACAAAUCAUUAAAAGUUAAAGAAAUUCAAAAUCAUUUCAGAUAAUCUGAUAACUAAACAGAUUUGUAAGGAAUGACUUAAUUAGAAGAUGCAGGUAUAGAAAAUAAGCUCAUGAGUUACACUUUAAAUGCUCCUAAAUUAAAGUAACACUUAGCUAAAUAUUGA